CGCGUAUUUCGCUAAUGCUGAUUCACGCUAUAAAACGACCGACAGCGAGAGGAACGACGUGCUGGCAGGCUUUCCCCGUCUUUCUGUUAAGAAUUAGAGCUUGUGCCAGAAUUUGAGCUACAAGUCCAUCUUGUUUACAUGUUCUUACCUGAGACCGCCGUUUUGAGGAAGGGGAAAAAGGUUCACCGAAGAUCUCCACAGGCAUCCAACUUCACAGACCGCCGCUUGGAACAAGGGGGGAACAAACAAAGUAAACCCUAUAGUUUCCGCGCCAAGAUGGAUUUCUGGUCGCUCUAAUUCUGGUGUGCCAGUUUUAAGGGAGAUGAUGGUGAUUACUGAAUACUACCGAUACCAGAGUAGUAUAAAUCCAGGCUGACGUUACUGCAAAAGAACAGUCACCUACAAGAACAACUCUACUUACAUUAUCGUAGCUGCUGUAGGAUAUAAUAGAGUAGUCACUUACGCAACAACUCGCUGUGUAUUUUAGGCGCUAUGAUUACUUAUCUGAUGCCUUGAUUAACGCGCGUGAGGCAUUCUGAGUGGCUCAUCGAGCCGUCAAGAACUUUUCUAUCUUUCAAUGGGAAAGAAAGGAAAAAGGGGAAUUCAAGGGAAGGAAAGGAAUCCUCUUCAUAGUCCAUGCUUCUCUUCAUAGUCCAGCGGUUUGAUAGUAGUUACUUAGAAGCUUAAGCUAGUUAGAGGUAGAGCUUCUAUGUAAGUAUGCAAUUUAUAGGUAGAGCUUCUAUGUAAGUAUGCAAUUUAAUAUACGCAUAGCUUCUAUGUGUGCAAUAUGGCUCUUUGAAUCGCUAGUCUGUCACCCUAGGACUUGAACGUGAACUAGGACUGCAACACGGAGCAAUCACGGGAGAUCUUCCUCGCAGUAGUCUUCUACCCAGGAUGUGCCGGGUCUAAUAGUAAUAGUCUUCUACCCAGGAUGUGACAAGUCUAAUAGUAGUCUUCUAUCCGAAGGAGUUGCUGUGGCGCAAGAACGCUGACCUGCCUAUCUCCGAUGAUUACGGGGAGAGUCAUAUUCCAAGUUUGAUAACCCGGUUACAUAUUUAUUAGAUACUGGACAUACUACAGACUCGUUAACUCGUUAAAGAAGAAGUAAACUCUAACAUACAUUAAGAAAUAUAUUCAACAUCAUGCAUGGCUCGAAACAUUGUAAUUUUUCGUGAAGAUGUGCAUUUCGUCUGUAAUCGUUGCUAAUAGCGAAGCAACCCGAUGGCCUUUUUAAUAAGGCCAUCUAAAAGUUUUUUGGGGGUUUGGAUGCGGCUGGCAGUAGAUCCUGGUACCCUUGGUCAUGUCAGGAAUUGGUGGUCUACUACUAGCGCGAGCACCCACCCCCCAGUGUACUCCCACCAAAGUACCUGGGGGGUGGGACGCCAAGGGCAGAAGCAUCUGUUUAUUCCAAUGUAGCUAAAUAAUCCUCCUUACUUAUUUUAAUCAGCGUGCUCGGCCUUGCCUUCUACGAGUGAUGAGUGUGAGAGACGCGUCUCGUUCUAACCCUUGCAAGAUCUUCUGGAGCCAUGGCCUCUGAAAUCAAGGCAGAAAUCUUCUAAUUCUAAUUCUAAGACCAAAGAUGAUUAGAUAAAGGACAGCCGGGACAUCUUCUUUCAUAUACAACUGCGAUAGUAACUCUUGUUGAGAUGGUGAUGACUAUUGUUUGUCUACUUCGAAGUUUUUGGGUCACCAAAAACAUAUUUCCAGAGUACAACAUGUUAUAGUACCGGACAGUCAUGCGUAAGUUCAUAUAGUGCCCGCUUUAGCGUCAGCACCUUGCGUGUAGACUUAGCAAAGGCACCCCAUCCUAUCCUAUAACGUGUGCUAGGAGAAGAUCGAUAGUUCGCUUUAUUUUACCCUCUGCCCCUCUAAGACCUAGAGGACAAAGCCAUGUCUGCGGUUGCAAAGGAUCAGGCUAAGCGACUCAAGAGCCCAGUUUUCGAUCAGCCAUUGUUAUGCAGCGGUCUGCUUAUCGAUAUUUUAGCAGGGGACUGCUUAUAUGCAGGGGGCAGCUGAUCAAGGCCGAUAGAGCUACUAGUUCGCGCAUCGCCGGCUCCUCUUCAUAACAUGGUAUAGAGAGUGUAGUUCCUCGCGACCUUUAUUAUCUUCGUAAUGCUCUCGCCUUAUUUCUUGAAAUUCAUUCUAAGGUCAGCAUGCUUCUUAUCGGAAGAACAGGAUCACUUUUCUUACUAUGAAGGCUUAUCGCAAGUGCCUUUUACCAUCAUCCCUUUUAUUUUUGAGGGGAAGAGAAUAUGUAAUUCAUCUCGUCCAAGAGUAGAUGAGACUUUGUUCAGCUGUGAAGCAUUUUCAACAACAUUUUGUCUCUGUUCUGGGAAGGUCUUAUAACUAAUGUCCUCUAAUUUUAUUCAACC